UCCCAGAGACUUUCCUUUCUUCUCUUUCUGUAUAGAUACACAUGGCGUGACAAGAUGGCACUGCUCACCCCAUCGUCUAUAACAAAUUAAAAAAAAAUCCCUGAUAAUAUUUAUUUUAUUAUAUUAGUGAGAACUUUUAAGGAGGAAAAAAAAAAAAGAAAAGAAAAAAGAAGGCAUGAAAUAAGCGUAGUUGAAAGCGAUAACCCAAAAUAUUCAUAGCUGUAAUAAAAUGUCAGUUAGUGAGAACUUGUCUCUCAUAUAUAUCUGUUAUAGAAUUUUGUAGUGUUUUUAUGCUGUUUUGGGUCCUUAUUGCCCUUUAUCUUUCUCUCUAUGCUUUCUUAGCUAACAAACACUAACACUAAUAUUGUCUCUCUCUUUCUUCUAUUAUAUGAUCUAUCUUUGUUGCUUGGGUUUUGGGGCUCAAUAACCAAGGUUAAGGUUCUUGCCUUGUUUGGUGUUCUUUUUCUUUCUCUCUCUUUUGUCCUUCCUUGUUCUAUCACCUCAACACUCAGAUGUGAGAUGAAAGAAAAUAUUUUCUUUUCUUUUUGAAAAAGAAAGAAAGAAAGAAAGAAAGCCGCUUUACAAUAAUGUGUCAUUCAAUUACUGAUUUUCUUCUUCUAUUACAACACACAGUAUGUAGAUAAUUUAUAUGCUUAUCUUGUUAUUAUAUAUAAAUUUGACUUCCCUUUGUCUCCCUCCUCCAUUUCUUAAGGUCUUUGUUCUUUGCAUUGUACUGUUUUCACUUCUAUUUUGAGAAUGGGGUGUACUACUACUCCUCCCAAUCUGUUUUUGUGUCAAAGACUUCGCUGUCUCUCCAUUUCUUUCCUUUUUCUCUUGAUUUCAAGCUCUACCCAUCUCAGAUUCAAGGCAGAAGGUCGAGCUAAUCCAAAAUCAGCUGGCGUUUCAGGGACAGAAAAUGAAGAGAAGAUGAUAAUGAGAUCCCAGAUAGGGUCAAGGCCUCCAAGAUGUGAGAGAAGGUGUAGUUCUUGUGGACAUUGUGAGGCAAUUCAAGUGCCUACAAAUCCCCAAGUAAAUCAUGGCAAUAGAAACUACUCAUCUGUCUCAAAUAUUGCUUAUGCAAGAGGUGAUGGUGCUUCCAACUACAAGCCUAUGAGUUGGAAAUGCAAAUGUGGCGAUUUAAUUUUCAACCCGUGACCAUUUUUCCAUUCUUUUUCUUUAAGAAUGUAAUUACUGAUAUUAAUUUUAGUGAAAAUUAAUUUUUCUUCCAUUUCCCAA